AUGACGACACCUUCAGACACAACUGGUGGUAUAUUAGCCUUUGAUAUCAGUGAAUUUUCCCGUUUAGCUGCUGAUUCCACGACAAUAUCUCAACUGACAUCUGAAGAUUUCCAACAAGUAGCCGAUGCUUUAUAUAUAAUUCGCUCAUCAAUGAGUCAAUUUGAACCAAAAGUAAUUGACAAUUUAGAUCAAUAUCCACAACUGAAAGCAAACAAAUGUAAUUUUUCAUAUAAUGAUAACGAAUCAAUGAUGACUGCGAAAGGUGUUCGAACAUUUCGUAUCCAAGGAAGAGAAUAG